AUGUCUAUCGGACUCAGUCUCAGAAGAAAUAUUUCUUCAAUCAUAUUAAAAUUGCUGCUUCUCAGUUUACUAGUUCUAAUUACUUGGCAAUAUGUUUAUUUCUAUUACCAUAGUCGACCUAUCAUUAACACAAAAAUCUCGUCGACAAUAAGAAAAGCUACUCAUGCUAGAAAAUCAUUUGCAUCCAAAUUGCCUAGUUCUUCACACAUAUCUUCUUCUGCUGCUCCAUCAGCAAAAACAAUUCGUCCAUUCAUUUCAACUACUAAAACUAUUCAUGUUGCUGUCGUCCUAUCCCUCUCAAAACAAGCAUCUCACAUUGCUGAAUUUCACCUACUCUACGAAUCAUGGCGUUUCAUUCAAACAUUUUCUCCAUUAUCAGAACAAAUCAUCGUUGAUUUAAUAGUUUUCUGUGAAUUUCCUAGCUGUUAUCAAUUACCUGCAUCUUGCAUACCACACUCUCAUCCAUAUCACUUGAAUCAAAUUUAUAAUUGUUACUAUCAUAAAUUGGAUCAUCACAUUGUUUCUGACUGGAAAGAUUAUCUCUAUAUGACGUCAAUCGCUUUCAUGCUAACUCCAAAUUAUCGAAAAGCGGUCACCAAGUAUCAAUGGAUCUUACGAGUUGAUCAGGAUGCUAUUCUCAGUCCGGGAUUAUUCUUUGGCUUUCUUGGAAAACAUCCAUAUCAAUUAUCGCGAAUGCAAUUUGGAGCUCUGGGUCAUGGAACUGAAUUUACUAAUCAACGAUUACGCAUGAUCGCGCAGAAACUAGGUUACAAGCAUGUAGGAGUACAUAAUCUUUGUUCGACAUGGCUAGUUACUCCAAAAGAUUCAAUUGAGAUUGCUAAUUUAACCACGCAGAUCGGAAGAUAUCUUCUGGACAAUGAAUUUGGCCGUCACGUUCCAGGUAUCGAAGACCUACCCGCGAUUGGUGAGUGGCCUAAAUGGUGGCGUGGAGUAACGUCACUUUAUGCUGCUGAAAUAGCAAUCAAUCAUAUUUAUUCGUCGACUCUUACUCAUCAACACGAAGCACCUGUAUUAGAUCAUCCAGCCGACUCACAACUCUCUCUAUGGCUGGCUUGGCAUAUUCAUUGCUUACAUAAUCCAUCGUAUUUUUCAAAGUUUCAACAUCGAGCUGAUCUUUAUAAUUUUCUUCAGCGUUCUAAAACUAAACGAAUCCAGCUGAUUACUAAUUAUUAUUCGGUGGAAAAGAUUUUCAAACAAGUCUUCGACGAAUUCUACGAGAUACAUGUUAAAAAUAGAAGUUUAAGAGGAGAAGUGACCGUACGUGAUUAUGUCACUGUAUUAGCGUGGAGAAAAGCGUAUGCUGCUACAGGAGCUAUUAACUUGUGA